CUUCCGUCUGGAAGCCUGUAAAACAACGAGACCCUGGAGUCCGGCUGAAGGAAGGGACUGGGAGUUCCCGACCGGACAAACCAACCAUCCAACGAACAGGGUCCCUGGGUGGUCCAAAUCCAAUUCAACCCCCUCGACUGGACUGGCUGAAAAUGGAAGAAGAAGAAAUGUGUUUGGAGUGCCUUCAACGCAGAAUCCGCUCCGAUUUCUCCCACAAUCUCAUCUUCUCCCACCCCGUCUCCCUUUCCCCCCUUCCUUUCGCCUCCUCCGCCGUCGUCCAGAUCCCAAAUUCCACUGGCGAACCAAAUUCACCUCACUUCACUUUGGUGUAUCUUCCCACUCCGGGGUUUGACUGCUUGAGAAAUUACAUUGAGGAGUGUUGCCCGGAAGAUCUCAAAAGUGAACACAGCGCUGAAAGUAAUGACAAAACACCGUCAGGGGUUAAUAGGGUCAGAUGCAAUGGUUCGACAUGCAAUUUUUCUAGUAGGUUCUCUUGCUCAAGGACAAUCACUUCUUUGGCUCCAAUUGCUCGGGUUGGCAUUUCGUCCUACUCUAUAUUUGAAGAGCUUGCUUCUAACUACUUUUCGGGGUCUCUUGAGGAUGAGACAUUGGGCUCAAUUAGUCUUCUAAUUGAAGGAAAAGCUACCGGGCGAAAUAGCAUCAAUUUUCUUAGCUUAACCGGGAUACCAUCAUUUGAUGAGAAUGGUUUCCCUGGGUGUUUAAGGCAUCCUAACAUUGCACCUAUUCUAGGUUUGCUCAAGACACCCGACUAUAUCAAUUUAGUGCUUCCAAAGACUCCUUAUACUUUGGAAAACAUUUUCCAUUACAGCCCCAAGGCCUUGAAAUCCGAAUGGCAAAUAAAAUUCUUAACAUACCAGCUACUCUCUGCCGUGGCUCAUAUGCAUGGAUUGGGGAUUGCCCAUGGUAAUAUACGUCCGUCCAAUGUUUUGUUGACUGAUUCUUGUUGGUCUUGGUUGAGGAUCAUUGGUAAACCUUUGUUGAGCCCUACUUUAAGUAAAAGCAGUAAAGAAUGCUCUCUUACUCCAACUUUGAGGGUAGGUUGCUGUGUUGAAGGCUGUCCUUCUGAAGGACUUUAUGCCAAUUUCAAGCUUUCCCAAUCUACAGAUUGGGAUUAUGCCUUUAACCAUUGGUGGAGGGGAGAGUUGAGUAACUUUGAGUAUCUACUUGUCUUAAACAGAUUAGCUGGGAGAAGGUGGGGAGACCACACGUUCCAUACAGUGAUGCCAUGGGUUAUAGAUUUCAGCGUGAAACCUGAGGGAACUAGUGAUGCUGGUUGGCGAAAUUUGAGCAAGAGCAAAUGGCGGUUGGCAAAAGGCGAUGAACAGUUAGACUUCACGUAUUCAACAUCAGAAGUCCCUCAUCAUGUAUCAGAUGAAUGCCUUUCUGAACUAGCUGUUUGCAGUUACAAGGCAAGAAGGUUACCACUGAGUGUGUUGCGUAUGGCUGUUCGUUCAGUCUAUGAGCCGAAUGAAUAUCCUUCUUCUAUGUUAAGGCUGUACCAAUGGACCCCUGAUGAGUGCAUCCCGGAAUUCUACUGUGAUCCCCAAAUAUUCUAUUCUGUACAUGCUGGCAUGACUGAUUUGGCAGUACCGUCAUGGGUGGAUACUCCUGAAGAGUUCAUUAAAUUGCAUCGAAGUGCUUUAGAAAGUGAUUGGGUUUCAUGCCAUAUUCAUCACUGGAUAGACAUUACAUUUGGGUGCAAAAUGUCAGGUGAAGCAGCUAUUGCUGCCAAGAAUGUUAUGCUGCCUGCGUCAGAGCCUACAAUGCCCAGGUCAGUUGGGCGCCGUCAGCUUUUCACCCAACCACACCCUGCACGUCAAGUUGCUGCGAGGAAACAUCAUAAGAGCACCGCUAAAUCAACCUUACAUCACUUGGUAGUGAAUGGAGUAGAGGGUGAUAAAUCUCUCCUCCCAGCUGCUCAUUUACAAGAAUUGGAAGAAGCAGCCGCUUUUUGUGAGCAUGCUCGGUAUUUGAGCCCCCUCUACUGCUAUCAUGUAGAAAAUUUCGCUGAGGAUGACUCUUCAACAGAAGAGUCUCUAAGUGAAGGUUCAGAGAAAAAUAUAUCGAUGCUACCUGACUAUGCCCACAUCUUUGGACAGCGAUCCGGUAUUAACAUAGAUUAUCUUCUUGAGAAAUUGGAGGUUGAUGAUGACACUUCUGUGGGAUAUCAGGAGUUACUGCUUUGGAGCCAGAAAUCAUCUCAUUCUAAGAUUUGUUCAGAAACAAUCGCUAGGGACAUCUUUUCUAUUGGGUGCAUUUUAGCAGAGCUUCAUUUGAGGAGGCCGCUUUUUAAUCCAGCCUCAUUAGCUGUGUAUUUGGACAGUGGUGUUCUACCUAGUCAGAUGAAAGAACUUCCUCCCCGCACUGAAGUUCUUGUUGAGUCAUGCCUUAGUAAGGAUUGGAGGAGGAGGCCUUCUGCCAAAUGCCUUUUGGAAUCUCCAUACUUCGCAACAACAGUCAGGUCCUCCUAUUUGUUUCUUGCCCCCCUCCAACUCUUAGCUAAAGAUGGAUUACGUCUUCACUAUGCUGCAAAUUUUGCAAAACAAGGAGCCUUCAAAGCAAUGGGUCCAUUUGCUGCUGAAAUGUGUGCUUCUUACUGCUUACCACUUGUACUGACUUCUCUAUCGGAUAUCGAAGCUGAGUGGGCAUAUACACUACUGAAAGAACUCUUGAAAUGUCUGAAACCGAACGCAGUGAAGACACUCAUCUUGCCUGCUAUCCAGAAGAUUUUACAGGCUUCGGGUUAUUUGUAUUUGAAGGUUUUGCUUCUUCAAGAAUCAUUUGUGCGGGAAAUAUGGAAGCGGAAUGGUAAACAAGCAUAUCUGGAGACAAUACAUCCGUUGGUCAUAUUAAAUUUACAUGUUGCUCCUCACAAGAGUUCAGCUGCUGCUGCUGCUGUUCUGCUGAUUGGCUCUAGUGAAGAGCUAGGUAUACCUGCUACAGUUCAUCAGACAAUCUUACCUCUAAUUCAAUGCUUUGGCAAAGGGAUCUGCAGCGAUGGGAUUGAUGUCGUGGUUAGAAUUGGUGGUCUUUUGGGGGAGAAUUUUGUUGUCAGACAGAUUCUACCAUUGCUAACAAAUGUUGUUCGCUCUUGCAUUGAUGCUUCAUACAUGACUAAGCCUGAGCCUAUGCAGAAUUGGAGUUAUUUAGCUCUUAUUGAUUGUCUAAUGUCAUUAGAUGGUCUCCUCUCAGUCUUACCGAUGGAUGUGGUUAUAAAGGAGUUGAUAGAAGAUGGAAGUUUUCUGCAUGUUAUGGUUCUGCAAACCGAUUUGGACAUUUCAGUUCUUCAGGUUGCUGCUACAAGUCUCAUUGCAAUUUGUGAGCGGAUUGGCCCAGAUUUAACAGCAUUGCAUGUCCUACCAAAACUUAAAGAGCUAUUUGAUGAGCUAGCUUUUUCUCAGGAAACCAGAAUUGCUUCUGGUACUCUAGAAAGAAGCUCGAAAGUUACCAAACCAAAAUCAGACGAGGAUGAAAUUGAAAGUCGUAUGGACCUUGUGUUCCUUUUGUAUCCUUCCUUUGCGUCUCUUCUUGGUAUAGAGAAACUUCGCCAGGGUUGUGCCACCUGGUUGCUUCUCGAGCAAUUCCUGCUACGGUGUCAUAACUGGAAGUGGGAACAUACAGGGGAGUCCUCCCGAUGUGGUCCGGACAAUAUUAAUUCUAAAAGGCCCAUUUUUAACAAGAGCUCAACAUCUGAGUACAAUCCUGCUAAACUGCUGCUCAAUGGGGUUGGGUGGUCAACACCACAAUCCCAAGGAAGUAGAAGUUCCAAAAACUUGGUUCCUCUUAAGCAAGCAAAUGAACUUGACCAGAGUUCAGCUGAGAGACGGGUAACAACCUCAACUUUUGGAAAUCACGAGCCAUGGCACUGGUUCCCUAGUCCGGCAGCUAGCUGGGAUGGGCCUGAUUUUUUAGGCCGUUUUGGGAAUCUGAAAGACGAGCUUCCAUGGAAGAUCAGAGCAUCUGUAAUACACUCUAUCCGGGCACAUCACGGAGCAUUAAGAUCUUUAGCUGUUUGCCAAGAUGAGUGCACGGUUUUCACUGCAGGAGUUGGUCCAGGAUUCAAGGGAACGGUUCAGAGGUGGGACUUGUCAAGAAGUGAUUGUAUAUCUGCUUACUAUGGCCAUGAGGAGGCCGUAAAUGAUAUUUCUAUCUUUUCAUCCUACGAAAGGGUGGCUUCCUGCGAUGGAACUGUACAUGUUUGGAACAGCCAAACAGGGAAGCUAAUAUCUAUAUUUGCUGAAUCAUCUAUGAGCUCUGUGCAUGCUUCGAGCCCUUUAACUUCUCCAUCAAAGAUAAAUGCUGAUCAAUCCAAUAUGCUGAAUUCCAGUCCACCAUCAAGUGGGAUAUUGUCUGAUGAAUUUGAUGGGAGCUUGUACACUUGUAUGCAUCACUUGCAGUUCAAUGAAAAGCUUGUAGUUGGCACAGGAAAUGGUUCACUCAGAUUCAUUGAUGUUACCCGAGGUCAAAAACUUCAUCUCUGGAAGACUGAAUCUGGAGAAUCCAGUUUCCCUUCGCUCAUUUCUUCCAUAUGUGCAUGUGGUUCUGACAAACUGCAAGCUGAUGGAGCUGCAGCUUCACCAUCCUGGAUUGCAGCUGGACUAAGUUCUGGGAUGUGCAGGUUACUUGAUGUCAGGAGUGGAAAUGUGAUUUCUACGUGGAGGGCUCAUGAUGGUUAUGUAACAAAGUUAGCUGCACCAGCGGACCAUUUGCUCGUCUCUAGCUCUCUUGACAGGACUUUGCGAGUUUGGGACUUGAGAAGGAAUUGGCCGCCACAGCCCAUUGUUUUCAGAGGUCACAAUGAUAGUGUAUCUGGUUUCUCUGUGUGGGGACAAGAUGUGAUUUCAAUAGCCAAGAAUAAAAUUGGGCUUUCUUCUUUGUCUAGAUCUGCAGAUGAAGAUGGGCAGCAUCGAAUCACACCUCAAUAUCUCUAUUUGGCCGAUCGUGGAAUGAGGAACGUGUCGGUGUUAUCAAGUUUAAGUAUUCUGCCUUUCUCACGAUUGUUUCUUGUUGGUACAGAAGAUGGUCAUUUGAAGAUCUGUUGUUAGAUUGCCUUUGAUGUCCAAAUACACUUCUCUUUUGUCACUUUGAGAUGGCUUUUUUCACGAUUCAAGCAAUUCUCUUGGCUGCUGAUUCGUUAUGCAGUGUAAUUUGUGACAUAUAGGCUAAAGGCAUGAUGUUUACUGAAGAAAAUAGCCUGAUCCAGAAUUGCAAGAUUUGAAGUCUCAAAAGAGACUUGUUGAUGUAUACACCCCCAAGAGUAGCUUUGGAAAAUAGUUACUGAUGGAAACAUAUGUUGUUGAGGUAUCUAAAGAAGAAUAGUUAAUGGUAUACAGUUGAAUUUUACCCA